GACCACUUGGGUCAGUGAUGAGUCACAUAGUGUAUAGGCUGCUGCAAAUUGUGAAUUAGGUGACAGUUUGUUCAAGUUUUAUAAAGUAAUUGUAUUAUUAAAAAUACCUUUGGGAUGGAGUUUUCAAAGUCAACUUUCCUACAAAUUAUACACGUGAUCUUUGUGGUAGACAGCUUGUUACAAAAAGCAAAAGGUAAAUUGAAUUAUGUGUGCUUUAAUUAUUUAUUUUACUAAUUAAAAUGAUUCUCAUUUCAAAAUUGUUUAGAAAGUAAAUGUAUAACUAAUUAUUUUUCAAAGGAAACCAGGGAACGGUAUGUUAUGGUGUUUUUGGAUUCCUUUUAACAUUAGCUGUCAUCGGAUUAAAUAGAUUAUUUAAGUGGUUCUCAACCUUCCCAAUGUCGCGAUGGUUUAAUACAGUUGCUCAUGUUGUUGUGACCCCCAAACCUAAAUUUUUUCGUUGCUUCUUCAUAAAUAUAUAUUUUCGUAUGGUCGUAAAGCAACCCCGGAGUAAGGCUCGUUCGACCUCAAAAGGGUUUGCGACCCACAGGUUAAGAUCCGCUGUAUUAGAUUAUCGAAUGCUAUUAAGUAUUUUCUUACUGUUCACCAUUCAGGUCAGGCGAGCUGUUCAGGUGAAACAGAUCGAUUUAUUAAAGGCAGGUGCUACACAUAUUAUAAUGAAAGUCUUACAUGGCAGGAAGCUAAGGUAUUUACAAAAUAUUGAGUACUUUUUAGAACGGAAUUAUUCAAUUGUUUUAAAAUAACACAAUUCAAAUACUAAAAUUUGUAUUUGGUGUAUUUAUCAUAUGUAUUCUUAGGGAAAAAAAUCCCGUAUUUCACAACGUGAUGUUGGAGGGUUGGGCUUGGGUGACAAAAAGUAUUCUGUCCUUCGACCACUGAAUAUCAAAAAGACCAAUGUAUGCCUUAAUAGAUGAUUACUCUAAAUUCUAGUGUGUCCUAAAUUUGCCUAGAUGGCUUCCUCGCGCAUAGGACACCCGUGUUAUGGUGUUCAAUUGGUAUUACACACAUAUACUUAUAUGGCUAUGAGAAGUCAAUGAAUGUCUUUUGUUUUUUAACUAGUGAAAUAAUUUAAUGUAGAAGUCUUGUGUUUUCUUUAUGUGCUUAAAAAUGUACAACGCAAUCAAAGACAUUUCCAUUUGUUUGGAUGAGUAAAAGAAUCUUAUCUUAUCUUACAUGCAAGUGAUAUAUAUAUACAUACUUCGUUAGUAAUUAUUCCCUAGGCUGUAACGAUGUGCUCAAUAGGCGUUCGAAAUACAAAUUCCCAGAAAUAAGCACUAACAAAGAUUGUUAUAACUUGCUUUACUUGAAGUUUACGUCUGACCACCGCUUUUGGUACACAACCAACGUAUAGUAUACAUAUACAUUUUAUGCAAUGCCGAGCAAACAAAUUAUUUUAUCAAUCGUGGUUGCUCUUCUCUUGAACUAAAACAAUGUUUCAAAUAUCAUCUCCCCAUUUGAAUAUUCUGAUUGCAAUCAAAACUAUGGGAUCUGUUUCCUUUAAUUUUGAAACUACAGGUAAAACAUUGAACACAACCUUUACCGUCUCACUCCAUGGACAAACGAAUGUGAUAUAAUUUUAAGGAAUCUUGGUAUACAUUUGUGUCUAUUGCCACAAGCCUUCAAACCCAUAGUGCAUGAUUUCCUCAUCAACACCAGUAACAGAAACAUUGCAAAUCCCAUCUACAUGCAUAGGAGCCAAAAUGAUCAAUAAAUUGGUCGUGGACCCUUAAGAUAUAGAAGAAGAAGAAGCUUUUCCAUUUAUUUGUAUAGUUUAUGAUCUACUUUCCUGAAGACAAAAAAACACACACACACACACAGAAUAAAAAGCAACAUAUUACUAAUUCUAUUACAUAAGAAAUAUGAACAUUAUAAUUAAUUCUUCUUAAUUUGCAGUUGUUUAGGUUGCUGAGCGGCACCUACACAUUAUUCAAUGCAUGUUUUAAAAAAGAAGAAAAAAGGUGGCAGUGCUUUGAGACAGGAUUAAAAUAAAAAAUGGCUUCAUGUAAGAUGAAUGCUAAACGAGUUCUGUUUUUAAAUGUUACCUGAAAAGUAAAAUGGAUAGGAAUAUAAAACAUAAGAAAUAAAUACAGAUAAAACAAGUCAUGCCGCUCGCUAGAGAUAUUUUAGAGUUUAAAAAAAAAAAAAAUCAUAUUUAAGAACAAAUUAUAACGAACGUUUUGUGUGUGUGUGUGUGUGUGUGUGUGUGUGUGUGUGUGUGUGGCUUUCAUAAAAUCACUGUAAUUAUGCUCUCACAUGCCUGGUGUAAUCAGAUUAGGUGCGAGGGAAGAGGACAAGUCUUGGCUGCAGUCGACUCCAUGAUUCAGAUUAAAGAAAUGCUUUCCCGGCAAGGAAUCGGGACACAAGGUUUCUAUCAUUUUAUGGUUGUUUCUCCUCUACUCUUUCUUUCUAAUCUAUUUUUACAUCAAAUGGUGGGGGGUUUUAGGGGGGGGGGGGCUUUUUUCCUUGGGGGAAUUUUUUCCUUUUAUGGGGGGGUGAAAUUUUUUCCCAAAUGCAGACUUUUUCUUGGAAAAGUAAAGAAAAAGGCUCGCCCGGAUAGCACUUACCUUAACAAAGCAAAUGUUCGAUUGAUCAAAUAAUUACCCCCAUUAACCCCCCCCCCCCAGGCCCCGUGACCCCAAACAGAUGACUAUACAUUAACGUAAGAUGCAAUUGAAACUUAUAUUUUUAAAAUUCAAUAAUAAUUUUUUUUUAAUUGUUGUAAAUAAAUGAUCAAUAAUAGAACACCUUGUUCAAAAUUUUAGCAGCGUUUGGAUAAGUUAUUUGUCACAAAGGGAGUAGACUUUAAGGACAUUGUGUUUUCAAUCAAUGAUUGGCAUAAACAUUUUUUUAACCAACUGGUCCAGGGAAGAGCUUAUUUAUUAUAUUUUUCUUUUAAAUUAAUUUUUGUUAUUCUGUUUAAAAAAAUAAAUAAUGUAUGAUGUUUAACGAAAUGAUAAUAAUAAUAAUAAUAAAAAGAACAAUAAGAAUAAUAAGAAGAAGUUAAAUUUGUGCCAACCUAAGAGAACCCCAUGAAAGCAUAGUGACCUGUGACUGUAAUGCUAUUUGAAAUAAUAUCGAGAUUCCACCCCCUCCCACUUCACAAAUUUAGGGACCAUGAAUAACUGAGAUCAUAUGCAGGUCCUGUGGGUGGUAUGGCUCACACUACGGCUCUACAUACCAGACAUACUCAUAGUUGAUAGAGCGAGAAUGAUGAUUUUAAGCUUUCAUGUGCCUUAUCUGCAUUAAUAACUGUUAUAUCGUUUUUUACAUAUCAUAUCUUUUAACAGAAAAAUUGUAUAGGACACAAAGUACGCAUAUCUUUUUGUUAAAGCUUUUAAAAUAAAAAUUUAAAAAUCCAAAUUUAAUGGACAGGUUACCAAAGCGAAAACGGAAUUAAAAUAAUUAAAAAAAAAUACUACAAUAGUAAAACAAAACUUGAUGUAUUUUAUGUAAAAUAUGCAUUUCGUAAGUUUUCUUUAAAAAAAUCUAAAGUUGUAUUCUGAUGAUUGUUAGGAAUAUUAUGAACAAAGUCACAUUUAUUAUUUCGGUUAAUUUAAUAAGGAACUUUAUCAUUUUUAAUGAAUUUAGGUCUCGUUGACUUAAUAAUAAAUAGUUAAAGCGUUUCGCUGUUUUUAAAGAAGAAAAAAAUAUAUAUUAUAAUUAUGAAUUCGCACUUGCUUUAUACAAUUUAGUAUGGAUUGGGGCCAGUGACAUCGCAGAAGAAGGCAAGUUUGUUUGGGUGCACAGCAAUCAAACGGCUGGAGAGCUCGUCAAGCUGUGGGAAGAAGAUGAGCCAAACGACUAUGGAGGUGACGAGGACUGUGUUGUAGUGUUCGUUAACUUUGAGACCAAUGACGUCCCUUGUCACUUUAACUACACAUAUUUUUGUAUGGAAACACCAAAGAAAGGUCUAUACUUGUUAUACUACAUUGUUAAUGACAUUGCCUAAGCACAGCAUAUUAUAAAAAAUAAAAAAAAAAUGCACUGAGACAAUUUAUUUGUCAUCGAAUUGAGUAAUUAAAAUAUAAUCAAUUUAUAAACGUAAUAAAGGGAAUGUUAAAAAAAAAAUAAUUAAAUUCAGAGUUUACAAGAGUAAAAGCUGAAUCAUAAAACUAUCAUUGUUUUUAGUUUCAGAAAUUGUAUUUUAGAUAUUCAUAAUACACAUUUUGUAGCUUCAGAAGACGACAAGCCGUUCCUGUCACUGCAGAAUAUCUAUAUCAUCUCAGCAGCAGGAGCCGCCUUCUUACUGCUAGUACUUGCGAUAGCGUGCAUAAUCGUAUGCAGAAGAAAAGGUUUGAACACUAAUCAUUUCUACUGA